AUGAAAUCGCCAUCAAUAACAAACACACAUCACAUUUCUACUACAAAAAACACCAACGACGAUUGACCCCGCAAAAACAUAUUAAUCUCCCCCUUCUUUUAUUACCCAACUUGUGAGCUCCCAAUUCAAACACCUUCGAAGCCCAGAUGAUGGCAUUGAAGAAUGCUUAUGCUGAGAUUAUAUUCAACAUAACUAAAGAAGCUGCAGCUCGUGUGAUGCUGUCUGAGCAAAAAGCUCUUGCAUUCCAGAAAGAUCUGGACUUUACUAAACAAGAGGCGCUUCGUAUGCUCCUGCGUCUUAAACAAAUGUCUGAUGCUACGACCUCCGAAGCACAUAUUACAUCUUUAAAUCAGAGUAGAAGAAUUGAAGAGCUGGAAGCGAAGCUGAAUGAAACUGAAGGGAAGAUACUGGAUCUCAGAGCAAAAAUAGGCCAAGCUUAUGAUCCAUUGGAUGCAGUUAAGAACAACAAUGUGCAUUUGAGUAAUUUUGAUGUAAAGGAUGAUGUGAUUUGUUGUGAAAUUGCAGCUAAUGAGAUUCAGCAAAUUAUAUCUCCUUUGACAUCUUCUCAGUUCAACAAGCGCCAUAACCUAACAGUGCCAACUCCAAAAGAUAUUGCACAACUUGAGAAAUCCUUUAACUAUGAACGUAAUUUAUCAUCUGUAAUCUUGGAAAGCAAAGAGCCGGAAUUGUACAGAAAUGGAUGUACACAUAGAAUACGAGCGUUUGAGAAAAACUUGUUGGAUGAAAAACAGCUUUGUGGAAAUUUUGGCGAUGAGCUUAUGCCAGUAAAGAGCGACACUUUAGCCAACGAGCAUAACCAUAAUGUCGAGACAUGUGCCUUAUUCUCUCCCAGCAAUGACUUGGGUGGCAUGAGGAACCUAGUUAGAUUAGUGGAACUGCCUGAUCACUCUGCUACUGUCUACAAUCAACCUGUGAAGAGCUGUAUUCUGCAACAGGAAGAGUCUCAAAAUGGAAAGGCCGAAGCAACUUUGCACAGUUUACAUGGCAUUAAGGACCUUAAGAUCCAGCAGCAGUGUUCAGACAUUCCACACCAAAAAAACAAUUCAAUAAUGGGCAAUGAAUAUGAGAAUUAUGGUCUUAAUCUACCCCAAAAUAAGCCCGACAAGAUGAAAUUAGUGGAGGUAUUUCCCAAGUUGGACAAAAAAAUUGACUGUGACAAUAAUCAAGCUGUGUUUGUGCCCCGAAGAAGCAUUCGGAAGAGGAAAGCCAGAUAUCAAGAUGACGAUAUUGAUCCAUCUUCUGUGCCACCAUUUCUUUCCCGUUGCAAGAUGAAUUUCAUCAACCAUGAUUCAACAUCUGAUUUAGAUUGUUUGGAAAGUGAAGCAAAUGCGGAGAAUAAUGAGGAGAAGGACAUUGUAUUGGCAUCUAGGCAUGUUACUGCAGAGGUCAAAAUAAAUGAUCCAGUAUUUGGACAAAAUGCUGAAGGCAAGGACGAUGAUUUUAUAGAGGAGACAGAGGUGGUGAAACACAGUGGCUAUGCUACAAAGAGUAUUAGGUCUGGAAAAGAACUAUCUACAGUUUCUGACACACUUGGUGCUAAAACAGAAGAAGCUUCUAAUGGGGCUGCUAGCCAUGCUGAUAGGAGCAGUGUUCUUCAGAAAUUUAGUAGGAAACACAAGAAAGAAGCAGCAACCAAGCUAGUUGAGCGCUCUUCUCCAAAGAAGCAAACUAGUGCAGAAGAUAAAGUGGAUAUGAAGAAAUCAUCUAAAGAGAGCAGGCGAUUGUCUUUAAGUUGCUCGACAGGUUUGGGGACCAACUCUUGCGGAUUCAGCAUAUAAGAUAUUUUGUGGUGUUGGACUGUGAGGGUUGAUUCCGGUUACUGUAUUAAAAUCACAUAGAGUAUAUUUCUCCUCACAUAGUUACAAUUAUAUGAUCAUAUUUUCUCUCUCUAUUUCCAACCUCUUACUUAGAGAGGAUUUCUUCCUUUUUAUAGCUGAAGGCCUUCCAUUCUCCUCCUACCAACCCAUGCCACCUGUCACGCUUUGUUCCCCUUUUUCUCCCGGGCUUUCAUCUAGUAUGCUUUUACUGUAUUAUUGUACUGGGACUUCAUUUAAGGGCCCAACACAUUCGUAACCGAAAUGUUCUUACAAGUACACUAUGUUCCUCCUGAGUUGGUGAACUAAGCAGUACUAAGGACAUCUUGGUUGUCAAUAAUUUUAUAUGUAGAUGCCGGAGCAGAGCACCUUAUAUUGUUGUAGGGAAAAGUUGGCAAUAGUGAUCACUUAAUUACUCUUUCAGCAAAGUGUUGAAGACUUGGAAAACAUUGGAGGAGGUUUUUCUUAGAAGACAUCCACAGUUGGGAGCUAUAUAUUUUAAAACAUGUAAAGACCGGUUUUGCAUAAUUAUCAGCAAUUUUUAUUACCUAGUAAUAAGUAAGAUAUCUAGUAGUAAUCGGCUAUGAGUGCGUGACCCUGACAAUCUAGAGUGAAUCGUACUGGGAUUCUCUUUGUCCGUGCUAGAUUUCUGAAGCAGCCAAAUACAUUCUUGAAAAUAUAUGGUAAUCUUUACAAAAAAAUUGAGUUUGUUUCAUACCGAGUUGUUGGUCAUUUUACAAUUAGCCAGAAAGGUCAAGUAUGCAAUUUCUCGUUUAAAAUAGAUGAGUUGUUCUCAGGUCGCCGGGUGUUAAACAUGUUCUGCUGAUGCAGGGUCAGGUUGGUCCGACUUUGGCCUUAACUUCACGUCUUCACAUAUUAGGUAUAUUUCUUAAUCACGAGUUGUGAGUGUGAAGUUAGUGAAACAUCUCCAGACUGCAGCUGAAAAAAUGGUCCACCGGUCACCAGCUCCAACGGCAAGAGUGAAAACCAGGUGUAAAUACGCAUUUGAAGAUGCUACAUUCUGAAUUUCCAAUCACUCCCUGUAUUAGUAAAAAUGGGUAAAAUACCGGGGGUACGGAGAGAGCAACCAAACAAGCGCUAAAUUAACAAAUACUCUGAUACAAUUUGCUGACAAUGGUUUUGUUUGGUUUUUUCGUUGUGUUGGCAUGAGUUAUCAAAAUUUUGUUUAAGAACAA